AUGGAUCCAGCCCAUCCUCUCCUCACCAACAUCAAAUCAGUCUCAUUCUCGCCCCUCUGGGCAUCCGACAUCCGCUCGAUCUCAGUCCUUCAAAUCACCAAUCCAUCCCUACUCGAUAACAACAAUGUGACUUCAACUGCAGGUCUCUACGACCCUAGGCUUGGACCAAUCGAUUGGAAAGAUAUCUGCCGGACAUGUCAUCAACUCAACACUCAAUGUCCCGGUCAUUUCGGUCAUAUCGAACUCAACGUACCCGUCUUCCACCCACUAUUCAUGACACAUGCAUACCAACUCUUGAGAUCAACUUGCUUCUAUUGUCAUCAUUUCCUAUGCUCCAAAUUGGUUAUUCUGCGAUACGCUGCAAAGCUCAAACUUCUGGAGCAUGGCCUACCCCUUGAAUCAGACGCAAUAGACGACUUUCCAACCUCGCAACCCAUAAGUACUGGAAAAAGGGUGCCGGAAGAAGGUCCGGAUCAGGAAAAUGAAGAUCAAGAAGCAGAUCAAACCGCAUUCGAUCUCACCUUUUACCAAAAUUCACUCGCAAAAUUCGUGGCCGAAUGUUUAGAUCGGAAACAAACCCCCGUCAAGCCUCGAUGCUCUGGCGAGGAUUACAAGAUUGGAAUGUGCUUCGAUCGUAGGCGGCAGGUCAUUUCAGAACUGUUCAAACUGUUGCCAAAAAAGAAGUGUGAAAGUUGUGGAGCCUACUCGUCGCGGAUGAGGAAAGACGGCCAUACGAAAAUCAUGGAAUACUCUCUCGUUCCUAAACAAGAAAAGUACCACAAACUCACCGGGAAAGUAAGGCCGAAUGUCCUCAAGUUUUCGACUGGGUCAACAUUGAGUCGGCGUUCCUCUUCCGUACAACCAUCAAUCUCAUCAAGCAAACGACAGCGAACAGGUCCUGUAUCCGAGAACGGCCACAAUUUCAGCGACGUUAACAGUGACGCCGGCGCUUCGGCAUGGGCUCAAAAUAGUCAACCCGCAAGAUCAAGUUGCGGUGAUAUCGCUUCUGAGAGUGACGAAUCUGACGUUAUUGAAGACCAGCAAGCAGCAAGCAGCCGUUCAGAAACCGAAAGCGUGGAAACUUCAAAUAGCGAAGACAGUGAUGACAACGACGUUCCGCAAGACAAAGGCACCAAGGCAUCUAAACAGACCGAAAGAAUGAUGCUGGCUCAAGAGGCUCGGGCUCAUCUGAGUCAGCUUUUCAUCAAUGAACCGGAACUCUGUGGAUUGUUAUACGGCCCACGUUAUCCAGCAUUGCAAUCUCAUCGUCAGCAAGCGUCAGCAUCUGCCGACAUGUUCUUCCUCGACGUCGUACCUGUGCCGCCUUCCAGAUUCCGGCCGGCUGCCAUGAUGGGUGGCAUGACUCUAGAAUCGCCUCAAAAUCAACUGUUGACCCAAAUCCUCAGCCAAACCAUGAAGCUCCGCGAUCUCAAUGACGAGCUCGCGACUACUAAUCGGAGACUAAAGCUCGAAAAACACCUAAAUUCCACCGAGUUUGAAGCACUCCAAGCCAGUCGAGCCAAGUUGUAUCGACAAGUGUUAGAAGCCUGUGUCGGUAUGCAAGUAGUGGUCAACAGCCUGAUGGACAGUACCAAGAAUCCAACUAGUAUGGGUCCAGGCAAACUACCACCUCAAGGUAUCAAGCAGUUGCUCGAAAAAAAAGACGGAUUGUUUCGUAUGAAUAUGAUGGGUAAACGUGUAAACUACGCCGCGAGAUCUGUGAUUUCACCCGAUAUCAAUAUCGAAACAAACGAGAUCGGAGUGCCGCCGGUAUUUGCCAAGAAACUGACAUUUCCGGAAUUUGUCACCGAGCACAACCAUGACCAGAUGCACCGGCUAGUUUGCAACGGUCCGCACAAGCAUCCCGGGGCGGUUUACGUUCAAGAUGAAGAUGGGACGAUGAUUUCUCUUGACAAAAUGGACGAGGAUGGCCGACGGGCGCUAGCUAAUACAUUGCGCCAUUCAUCGACUGAUGCCGAGAACCCACCCAACACGACAAGGCCUGACAUUGGAUUGCCAUCAACCCGAACACGAACGCGCGGCAUUCGCGUCCAUCGCCACUUGAACGACGGCGAUAUUCUCAUUUUGAAUCGACAGCCAACCCUUCACAAACCAAGUAUGAUGUGUCAUCGAGCGCGGAUCUUGAAAGGCGAGAAGACCAUUCGGAUGCACUACGCAAACUGCAAUUCAUACAAUGCUGAUUUUGACGGAGAUGAGAUGAACAUGCAUUUCCCACAAAGCCUGAUCGCCCAAAGCGAGGCACGAAUGAUCGCAAAUAACGAUAACCAGUACUUAGUACCGACCUCGGGGAAUCCACUGCGUGGCUUAAUUCAGGAUCAUGUAGUAUCCGGGGUUUGGAUGACAAACAAAGACACGUUUUUUGAUCGGGAGGAAUACUAUCAAAUUAUUUAUGGAGCUCUCCGGCCAGAAGGGAACUACUCUGGCCAAGGCAGGGUCAUAACCGUACCCCCGGCGAUCUGGAAGCCUGUGCCUAUGUGGACUGGUAAACAGCUAAUUUCAACCAUCAUGAAAAACAUUACUCCACUCGACGCCUCGGGACUCAACUUGAGGUCCACAUCCAAGGUCCGAGGAAAAUCAUGGGGCAGUCACGUUUCAGAAGAAGAGGUCAUCUUUAUGGAUGGUGAUUUGCUCCAAGGAGUGAUUGAUAAAUCCCAGAUCGGUGCUUCCCCGUACGGUCUGGUACAUUCUGUUUACGACUUGUACGGGUCAGAGGUCGCUGGAAAGCUGCUGGGUAUCCUCAGUCGAUUGUUCACUAAAUAUCUACAACAUCGCGCAUUCACUUGCAGAAUGGAUGAUCUACAGCUCACAAAACGGGGGGACGAGAUGCGCUCGAAACUCAUCUCCGAAACUUCUCAGCGGGGUAUCCGGGCUACGCUGUCGACCAUCGGACUAACGGAAUGGGAAGCGAAAACUCCUCACGGUAUGAUCGAUUUGGAAAACCGACUUCAAGAGGUUUUGAGAGAUGACAUGAAAAUGGCAGCACUCGACAAUGCCUACAGCGGAGAGAAUUCCUCUCUUCAGACCGCCAUCAACAAUCAGUGCCUGCCUUCUGGCCUAGCGAAACCGUUCCCCUGGAAUAAUAUGCAAAUGAUGACUUCAUCCGGUGCAAAAGGGACUCCAGUCAAUGCAUCUCAAAUCUCUUGUCUACUUGGCCAACAAGCUCUCGAAGGCCGUCGGGUACCUGUCAUGGUUAGUGGCAAGACACUCCCAUCCUUUCGAGCGUUUGAAACUGCACCACGGGCAGGUGGAUUUGUUGCCCAACGCUUCUUGACUGGUAUUCGUCCCCAAGAGUACUACUUUCAUUGUAUGGCUGGACGGGAGGGUUUGAUCGACACGGCCGUCAAAACUAGUCGAUCAGGAUAUUUACAGCGAUGCCUAAUCAAGCAUCUCGAGGGAGUCCGAGUUCACUACGACCAUACCGUCCGGAACAGUGAUUCUUCAAUACUUCAGUUCCACUAUGGAGAUGACUCACUGGACGUAACAAAACAGAAACAUCUCAACCAAUUCGACUUCUCGCUACUGAAUCGUAGUUCCUUGAUCACCCGCUUCAAUCCGAGUCGAAUUGCUGGCCAAGUUGAUUGCGAUACCGCUCAUGACUACACUGAGGGAAUAGUUAAGGCUUUGAACAAGGGUCAACAUCCACUACCACCGCCCACGCUAUCUAUCUUCAGUCCCAGUCGAAACUUGGGUAGUAUCUCCGAAAAAUUUGCCCGAGACGUGAAAGCCUACCAACUUGACAAUCCACUCCAAAUCCUGAAAUCGAAGAAGAGUGUCCGGAAAAAAUGGCCUGUCUAUAGUCAAUCUAACGAGCUCGUGGCUAUGGAUAUGUUUAGUUCUUUGAUGCACGUUCGAUUCAUGAUGGGACUCGUCGAUCCAGGAGAAGCUGUUGGCUUGUUGGCCGCACAAGGUGUGGGAGAACCUUCAACUCAAAUGACGCUCAACACUUUCCAUUUUGCCGGUCACGGUGCCGCAAAUGUCACCCUAGGUAUUCCACGUUUGCGUGAAAUCGUGAUGACAGCGUCGGCGAACAUCAAGACUCCUACAAUGAAGUUUCCGAUACGGCCGGAGGUCACAGAUGAUGAAUUUGAACGGUUUAUCAAGCGAACGGCAAGAUUGCAUCUAUCUCAGGUGGUUGAUCAAGUAGUGGUGACGGAGCGAUUGAAGACAAAUGGAAGCAGUGCACAAAUAUUCAAAGUUUACGAAAUCAGAUUAGAACUUUAUCCAGCUGAAGAGUAUUGCCGCGAGUAUAGCAUCAACGUGCCAGCUGUUUUCAAGUCGAUUGCUAAGGUUUUUGUGCCUACUCUGGAACGAAUGAUUACCCGUGAAUUGAAGACAUUGCAGUCAGAUUUGAAAACUCAGCUUGCUGAGAUAGGGAAAGGCAAAGCAAGUUCGGCACGCAAAGGCCAAGGGAGCGGUGCGGAUGGUAGUGAGGACGGUGAAGAAGAUGUUCCGGCUCGAAGAGUGGAUGAAGCUGAUAUCGAAGAUGGAGAUGCUUAUGAUGAAAAACGGGCACGUCAACGGGGCGAAGUUGACUACGAUAAAGAUGGUGCCGAAUCGGAUUCAGAUGAGGAUUCGGAGGUAAUGGAUGAUGACAAGUUACGAAAGAUGACAGGUGCUGGUAAAACCGAUGAAGAUCAAGAUAGCGAUGAGGAUACGUCGUCGAGCACGACCGCUUCGGAAGAUAGUCGAAGUCGUGACGAACUAGAAAUUUCUCAGGACGACGCGGAUGAACUCGCAGAUGAGGUCCAGCAGUUAUCCAGCUAUGUGAACUCGAUUGAGUUUGAUAAACAUGGUGGUCAUUGUAAGCUAGUAAUGCAGUUUGCCUCGACUGCACCUAAACUGCUACUGGUCGGGCUGAUCGAAGAGAGCUGUAGACGUGCUGUGAUCCAAGAAAUCAAGGGGAUCUCUCGGGCCUUGGUUUCACAAUCAGAUGAUAAAAAUAAAGAGAGGAGAUUUGGGAUGACUGAAGGGGCGAACUUGAUAGCCGCAUGGGAUUUCGGCCACAAUAUCAUCGAGUUGGAUGAAUUAUAUUCAAAUGAUAUCAAUGCAAUGCUAAAAACUUACGGCGUCGAGGCUGCUAGAUCUUCAAUCAUCAAAGAAAUCUCGGGCGUCUUCAACGUUUAUGGUAUCUCGGUUGAUUAUCGGCAUUUAACAGUUAUUGCCGACUACAUGACUUCGGAAGGCAGAUAUAAACCAUUCAACAGAUCGGGACUCGCGAACAACGUCUCUCCCUUCCUAAAGGCUUCAUAUGAAACCACUGCCACUAUUUUGACUGACGCAACAAUCUUUGGCGACUUCGACAACCUCCUCAAUCCUUCCGCUUCCAUCGUGUUAGGCCAAGCUCCAAUGACCGGUACUAACUCUUUCGAUGUCCUUGUUAAAACUUAG